AUGAAUAGAAAAAUGCCAAUAAUUGAAGAGUUUUAUUUUGUUAAGAAUAAUUCCCCUUUAAUCAUGCCAAUUGCAGGUGAUCCUUGUAAUUUGUUUCAUAAUACUAAUAUUGAUAACAUUUGUUCAAAGUAAAACCGAGAAGAAUAAUAUCUGAGAAAAUUUAAAAAUGUGAUGAUAGAAGAAGAUUAAUAAAAAUAAAAACUCUUGAUUCUCUAAUAGGAAUUAUCUUUGUAUUUUGAAACACUUAGAAAAUUUAAAUUAUGA